AACAACCACAAAUGACAUAUCCAAAAUAGAAACAUAACCAAGCGAGUUGCUUGUGAAGAAAUCACUUGAAGCUGGAAAAGAAGGGUGAGCAUUUAUCAGAAUGUUGUUGAAUCGUGUACUGACAAAGACUUUAACAUCAGUCUCAUCGAGUGGAUUUCACACGACCGCCGUAUGCAAUGAGAUUCGAAAAUUGGCGAGGCUUCGGGUUGUAGAUAAUUGUGAGAUUGGUAAAAAAGCGAUGGCCGAAGGAAAGCCCCCGCGCGUCAUUCAUGUUUAUAAUAAAAAAUCGAUCGGUUACACGGGCGACAUGGUUCUGUUGGCCAUUAAGGGAGAGAAGAAAAAGGGCAUUCUCGUCGGAUGUAAACAACAACAAAAAAUCAAAGUUCCACGAUUCGACACGAACAAUGUGGUGCUGAUCGAUGAUAAUGGCACUCCACUCGGCACUCGCAUCCAAGUUCCAAUUCCAAAUAUUCUGCGGACGAUCAUGAAAGACAAGACACACUCAAAAGGUGCUGAUUAUACUAAAUUGUUGGCGAUAGCAUCUCGAUUCGUGUAACUACCCAUUAAAACCAUUAGUUUAUUUAGCAAAUCGCUUGUUUUAUUAAUAAAGAUCCAUAUUGUUGAUAAUGAAAUCGAAUGGGUGUUCUUUUUGGUUUAUGGUUUGAUGAGAAUGAACGUGAGUAAACAGAUUUUGUUGUAAGUCCAAGUCCACUGAUGAAUGGAAAAAAAAUAUUUGAUCAAGAAAUAGAAAC